AUUUUUCAUGACAGAAAUGAUUGCAGAACACAAUUGUCUCGUGUUUCUUCUGAGUGUGUCGAUCAUACAUUUAUUUGGCCACGAUGGUUCGCUACACCAAUAAAACCUGAAACAUCUACAUUUAAAAUACCUCUAUUCAAACCCACAUCGACUGUUAAAUAUGGCACCGGGACAUCUACCAGUGGUUCCUGGCCACCACCUCAUAACGAAAAACCUACCUCGGGACCGUCAUGGGUUACAGAUGAUAUUUCGUCGUCUCCAAACAAUGGCGGAAAAUUUACACAGUCUUCGAGUUCACCAUAUUGGAGCCCAACAUACAAUUUUUUCCCUACAACAAUGAAACCUAGAACAUCUACAGGUAAAAUACCUCCAGUAGAUGUCACAACUCCAACCAAUAGCAAACCAAAUGAAAGUACCAUGAAACUCACAACGCCGUCUACUCCCAACAAUGGCGGAAAAUUUACACAGUCUUCAAGUUCACCACAUUGGAGCCCAACAAACAUUUUUUUCCCUACAACAAUGAAACCUAGAACAUCUACAGGUAAAAGACCUCCAGUAUAUAUCACAUUUCCAACCGAUAGCGAAUCAAAUAAAGGUACCGAGAAACCCACAACGCCUAAUAAAUAUGGCACCGGGACAUUUCUCAGUAGUUCCUGGCCACCACUUUAUACUAAAAAACCAUCGAACAUUAAGGAUUUGCUUUCUAUAUCGCCAGGUAAUGCUUUACCAACUAAACCAAACAGUACCAAAAAACCUUUAUGGAUUCCGCCUCAUCCUUUUUGGUUUCGACCUACCUCGGAACCGUCAAUGACUACAGAUGAUAGUGACGGAGAAUUUACAGAGCCUCCGAAUUUACCUGCUUGGCCCCCUACUUUUUGGCCUCAACCUACUUCGGAAGCGCCAACGUCUACAGAUGAUAGUGACGGAGAAUCUACCGAGCCUCCGAAUUUACCUCAUUGGCCUCCUACUUUUUGGCCUCAACCUACCUCGGAACCAUCAACGACUACAGAUGAUAGUGACGGAGAAUUUACAGAGCCACCGAAUUUACCUGCCUGGCCCCCUACUUUUUGGCCUCAACCUUCCUCGGAACCGUCAACGACUACAGAUGAUAGUGAAGGAGAAUUUACAGAGUCUUCCAAUUUACCUCCUUGGAAUCCUACUUUUUGGCCUCAACCUACCUCGGAACCGUCAACGACUACAGAUGAUAGUGACGGAGAAUUUACAGAGCCUUCGAAUUUACCUGCUUGGCCCCCUACUUUUUGGCCUCAACCUACUUCGGAACCAUCAACGACUACAGAUGAUAGUGACGGAGAAUCUACAGAGCCACCGAAUUUACCUGCCUGGCCCCCUACUUUUUGGCCUCAACCUACCUCGGAACCAUCAACGACUACAGAUGAUAGUGACGGAGAAUCUACAGAGCCUUCGAAUUUACCUGCCUGGCCCCCUACUUUUUGGCCUCAACCUACCUCGGAACCAUCAACGACUACAGAUGAUAGUGACGGAGAAUCUACAGAGCCUUCGAAUUUACCUGCCUGGCCCCCUACUUUUUGGCCUCAAUCUACCUCGGAACCAUCAACGACUACAGAUGAUAGUGACGGAGAAUCUACAGAGCCUUCGAAUUUACCUCCUUGGCCUCAAUCUACCUCGAAACCGCCAUUACAUACCAAGACACCUAGAAAUAUUUGGCCAAUUCCAUCCGGUAAUUGGGCACCACCAAAUAGCGUGUGGCCUCCGUCAAUUGACAAGUCACUUAAAUUUCAACCAUUGUGGAUAUUAAGACCAUGGCGACCAUCAAAUUUAAAUAAUAAAAAGCCAUGUCGAACUAGAUGUAAAAAACUGCUAUGCACCAAGCUUAAAAAACAACUUAAAAAUAGAAAAGCAUCUAAAAAUGACAAGUUAGUUUAA